AUGAGCGGAUUCGGCGGCCUCAACGAAGAGCGAAUGAAGAACAUGAAGAAGAUGAAGAAGAAGAAGAAGAAGGACGAGAAUUUGAGAACGUCCAGGUGGUGCGUCGACGACGAAGAUUGCAUCCCAUUACCAGAACCCAUAGAUAAACGUAUCGUCGCAGUUGGACGUCGACGUCGUCGGGCCGAUGCUGCAGCAGUUCAGCCAGAACAGCGUGUUCAGAGGAGAAGAGGCAGGCAUCGUCGAAAUGAUAAUGCUGCUGCUGAUGCUGCUGCUGCUGAAGAACAACCAGCAGUACGUAGAAGAGGCAGACCUCGACGAAACGAAAACGCACGCGGCGGUGCCGUAGUGGACGAACCUCCACGCAGACGAGGCAGACCUCGACGAAACCAGGACGUACCCGACGAAGAAAUAGUGGGCGAACCCAUACCUCGCAGACGAGGCAGACCUCGACUCAAUCGAAAUAUACCAGCCGAACAAAUCAUUGAGGAGCCCAUCGGAGAAAACAACCAGGAACCCAUCCCAGCAGGCAACCAGGAACCCAUCCAAGCAGACAACCAAGAAGCCAUCGGAGCAAACAACCAGGAACACAUCCAAGCAGACAACCUGGAACCCAUCCAAGCAGACAACCAGGAACCCAUUGAAGUAGACAACGAAGAACCUAUCAUCGAAGCAGACAGUGAGGAACCAAUCGCAGAACUCGGUGAGGCAGUCGUGCAGAAUCCUGCUGGACCAAACGCUGAGAAUGCUCACGCACCUUUAGUCCAUAAUCCCAGAGUACGUCGGAGAAGGACUCGCCGCGGUGGCAAGAAUUCCAGAUAACCACGAGAGUCACACGAACGAUGACGACAUCAGUGCCUGGAGCGACUGAGGACAGCGAGGAAAUGCGCGAGUCGAUGCAGAAGAUCGUCGACCAAUUCAUGACGGAGAAGCGAAAGAGACAGUGAACAAUCCACUACUCCGAUGAAACUCAAUAAGUCGAAGAUGCGAGAAACACUUUAUACAUAGACUAUAUAAAUAUAUAUAUAUAUAAAGUAUAGGCGUAAAAUAAAAAAUAAACGGGCGCGAACUUUUUGAAACGAAUGUCGCGAGCCUCGUGUGUUCUCUAUAUUAUACAUAAUGACAAUGAGAAAAAAAGCACUUCCGCGCCGACCGCGCAGCUGAGCCACAGGUACGUCAUCGUCAAUAACGAUGAGCGCUUCUGGCCUAUAUUAAACGGAUCGUCGUCGCGUUUGUUAUACUUUCGGAAAAAUCGAGGAAAGGAGAUGAAUAAUAUGAUAUAAACAAUGAAUCACGAUGAAUUAUUAUAUAUGAAUAUAUAAAUUAAGCAAAGA